AUGAGAUACAUCUUGGGCUCUACUUUUGCGGGAACUGCUUCUGCAACUAUUCUAGUAUUAGGUAUUACUUGAUAUUUACUUAUCUAAGUGGCAAUUUCUUAAAUGUCAUCAAAUAUUACAAAAAUAAACUGCUCACAGUGAGAUAAAUUUUUGGAAAUUUGUUGCAAACAUUAGCAACAAAAAACGUAGUGUUUGUUCUUUGCACUUUAUCUUUGAAAAAAACCUGUAUUUUUAAAAUAAUCUUUUAUUGCAGUAUUAUAUCAUGUACUUACUGGAAAAGGAGAGCGGAUUAGUAUCGCAUGGUAAGUGAGCAUAUUUAAAUUAAAUAUGCUUUUUAUUCAAUAUUACAAUUAUUUUAUUAUAUAUUAAAACAUUUUUACAAGAUAAUUUUAUUAGGUUUUUAGAAAAUACAUCUCCAUAUAUGUGGGCAACUCUUGGUAUUGGUCUUGCAGUUGCUUUAUCUGUAGUUGGUGCUGCAUUGUAAGUUUUACUUCUUUUUAUAAAUACGUAUAAUAUAACUAUUUUUUAUGUAUACUACAUAUAUAUUUUUAUAUGUUUCAGGGGAAUUCAUACAACAGGAGUUUCAAUUAUUGGAGGUGGUGUAAAAGCUCCAAGGAUCAAAACAAAAAAUUUAAUCUCAGUAAUAUUCUGUGAAGCUGUGGCUAUUUAUGGUUUAAUCACUGCAAUUGUAUUAUCUGGAAUGUUAGCUGAAUUCUCAGAAAUCAAAAUUCUUAAUAACCAAAAUAUUCGCAACCAAAAUUGGUUAGCUGGUUAUUUAAUGUUUGGAGCUGGUCUAGCUGUUGGUCUUGUUAAUCUCUUUUGCGGUAUAGCUGUCGGUAUUGUUGGUUCUGGUGCAGCCCUUUCUGAUGCAGCAAAUUCUGCUCUUUUUGUUAAAAUUCUUAUUGUAGAAAUUUUUGGUUCUGCUAUUGGAUUGUUUGGAUUGAUUGUUGGCAUUUAUAUGGUAAGUUUAUAUGGUAACUUAUUAGAAAAUUAAUUAAUGUUAAUGUAAAUGAUGUAAAUAAUGUUAUUUUCUAAUGCUAAUUAAUUCAUUCAUAUUUUUAGACGUCUAAAGUAAAAAUGGGAGAUGAAGUAUAA